CAGUAUAACUUAUGCUCACAGCCUUCCUGGAUACGUGAACUAUCAGGGCCAACUCAAGGUAGGGCAUAAGUGAUCAUGGGAAAGGAACAGUGCAAGGUUGAUUGUUCAAAGACUUAUGUUUUGAAGUUUGACAUGCACUGCCAAUGCAAUGGUUGUAUCAAGAAGAUCAAUGAUGGGGUAAAGGAAAUUAGCCUUUCAGAAGGGGUGGAGAGGGCUGAUCUUUUAAUAGAGACAGGAGAGGUGAAAGUGUCUGGGAGAAUGGACCCGGAGAAGCUCCGUUCUCUGUUGCAUGCAGUGACAAAGAAGUGUGUGGAAAUAGUUACUCAAAUCACCCUAUCUGAUUCUGUGACGAUAUAUUUUAUGAUUGUGUCUAUGGAUGGCUAUUUUUAUAUUAAUUAA